CAAGGAAAGAAAGGUUCUUCAGCCAUUUUUCCAGGCCAAUCCUGUAAGGACAUCAAAGAAAGUGGAGAUUUUACUACAAAUGGUACCUACUGGAUCAGGCCUCAAGGAUUAAAUGUCAGCUUCCAAGGAUACUGUGAAAUGUCGUUCGUGGGAGGUAAGAACUUGAAUAUUCCAAUAUGGCAUAUCAAACGUAAACACGAGAUCGAAUGUUUCAUCCUAUAUUGAAACACUAAAGAGAAAUAAUUGAUUAAAAAGCACGUCGAGUAGAAUUAUAAAGUAGCGCGUUUUUGUUUUAUUAUCAUUAUAAUCAUUGAUAUUAUUAUUAUUAUUAUCUCUUUUAUCACAGUCUUUGCUGGUGUUCUUUUUGUGCAUCAGCCAGGCGCAAACCAUGCACCUAGAGCGUCAGUCACUCAAGUCAAUCUUUCUGUUCAUACACUGAGCACCUUUCUGAGGAUUCGCGCAGAUCCCAACAUGCAGAUCUUUUGAAUCUAUGUCAUAGUAGCUCCCUCUGAUACUUUCUUGAUGUUUUCUACCAUACCCUUCUUCACUGUACCAAGCGCACCAACAACCACAGGGAUCACUACAGUUUUCAUAUGCCACAUUCUCUGUAUUUCUAGUUCUAGGUCUUUGUACUUGCAUUUUUUUUCAAUUUCCUUCAGUGCGAUGUUUCUAUCUGAUGGAACAGUCAUAUCAAUCAGUUUGCAGGUGGAAUUCACUGAAUCUUUAACGAUGAUGUCUGGUCUGUUCGCUGUUAUAGUUCUAUUAGUAUUGACUGGCAUGUCUCACAUGAUGGUGAUGUUGUUAUCUUUAUAUAUUGUGCAUCACGGUCUCUGGCUCGUGUUCGUACCAUUUUUCUGUAAUUUCUAUAUUACGAUCUUUACAGAUGCUCCAAUGGAGAUAUGCUGCAGCAUUAUUGUGCCUGGAGAUGUACUCUGUUUUGGCUAAUACCUCACAUCCAGAUACAAUACGAAGCACUGUCUCUUCAUGUUGCGAACACAUUCUGCAUUUGCUCUCCACUUGCUGGCCACAUAUUACUUUCUGGUAGUUUCUGGCGUUUAUUGCCUGGUCUUGAGCUGCUACAAGUAGUCCCUCUGUUUCUCCUUUCAAAUUACUUGACAACCAUUUGUUGGUGGUGACUGUCUACAUGAGGCUUCUCUAGGAUCUUUGGAUACUGGCCAUGCAAUGCUUUGUUUUUCCACUUUUCUUCUUUCAUUGACUUCAUCUUGGACUUAAACACGUGUUUCAGGGCUUUAGCAUUUUCAGAGGCAGAUUUAUCUUUUCUGUUCUCAAUCUCUGGCAUUGUUACUUCGCUUUUGAAUUUAGUAGCAUUCUUGGAUAUUGAAUUUUUGGCUUUAAAUCUUUCAUGCUCAAGCACCUGCUUUAGUUAUUGCCCUUCUUUGUGCUUCAGAUAGUGAUCAAUCCCUAUUGUUGCUGUUUUGAAUGCUGUUUCUACAUCAAUCAGGCCCCUACCUCCAUCUUUUCUUGGGAUCUACAGCCUUUCCACAUCUGCUUUAGGAUGUAACAUCUUGUGCGUGUUCAAUAGUUUGCGUGUUUUUGUGUCAAUCUUCUUCAGUUCUGAGAUUUUCCAGUCAAUGAUGCCAAAGCUAUAUUGCACAACUGGGACUGCAAGACUAUUGAUAGCUUCUGUUUUGUUUCUUCCAUUGAGCUCUGUUCCUAGUAUUAAUCUUACUCUCCUAUUAUAUUCUUUUCUUAUCUUCUCUUUCAUUUUGCUAUGCUGGAUACCAUCACUUUCAUCUACACCCAGGUAUUUGUAUACUCCUUCCUGGUCCAACUCUUGUAUUUCUGUGUCAUCAUCUAUUACUAUGUUUCCAGUUGAGGCUAGUUUACCUUUCUUGAAACUGGCUUUGGCACAUCCGUUCUUGAAAUUGGCUUUGGCACAUUAUUAUCAUUAACAUUAUUAUUAUUAUUAUUAUUAUUAUUAUUAUUAUUAUUAUUGCUGUUGUUGUUUAUAUGUUGUAUCGGUGGUCACGUAUUUCUAGGUCAUCAUGCUAUUUCCUAAAGCCUUAGGUGUCUAGGAUCCUUCUUAACUCAUGAUCUUUGCUGUUCCCAACAAGCAGGCUUUCUGGAGUAAGUUCAAGAUCCCAGGUGUUCCUAUCUUAGUAACUCACGUCAUCAAGUUUUUGGUCACUACCUCAAGUGCCCAAAUUACAAUUGGAACAACAGAUACCCUUUUGCAGUUCCAGUUCCAGUUCUAGUACUUGAGGACAGCUAAAAAUGUCUAAAUGACUGUUCAAUUCAUGCACAAUUUUCGAAGCUUAUCUUAAAAAUCCCCUUAGUACGAUUUUCUGAAGUUUAAUUUUCACAUUUCACUUGCCAAGCUAGGCUAUUUUUAGUAGGAAAAACGAAACCUAAAAUUUUCGGAUUCAAAAAUGUGAUGGAGAGAGGAAUCAGAAAAUGCCUCCCUUUCGUAAUACGUCAAAUAGCAUCUAAAAUUUUCGGGAAAAUAAUACUCAAACCCUUGAAAUUUCGAAACGAUUCAAGUUCUUCAGUCUGGGAUAACUGAGCAGAUACAAAUUUUAUAGCCCCGUUUAGAAUGCAUUUCUAGAGAAUUGAAAGUACUCUGGAUAGGCUAAAAAGUGUUUUCAAUGUAUGUAGGAGGAAACCGUCGUUGGGUGCCCCCGUUUUUCUGCAAUUCGGGUAUCAAAAGGGCAUGCCACGUCCAUGAUUUGGCACAAGGCUGCUCGCCUUUUCCAGUACGACUAUAUCGGGCCUGUUAUGAUCUAAAUGAUGGUUUGUUUGGAUUUUGAAAUCCCACAAUAACUUUACUUGGUCAUUUUCUAUCACUGCCUCUGAAGAAUGAUGGUACCAAGUUUAGUUGCACCGCAGAUCGUAAUUUUGGCAGAGUUUCCAAUGAACAAUUUAGCAACCUGAUCGUACCUCCAGUUCUUACAUUGCUUUUGAGCUAAUUUCUUGCAUUCUGUUGUUAUAUGGCUGAAAGUUUCCUCCCUUUCACCCCAUAGACGACACAUCGGUGAAAAAUUUUGCCUGUCAAUUCAAUCAUGUUCCUGAUGUAAUUAGUCGGAAGGCCCUGAUCUUGGGCAGCAGUUAGGAUGUCUACAGUAUCUUUCUUUACAGCACCUCUUUUCAGCCAAUCCCAGGUCUGCGGGUCUCUAACUUCUUCAGUGCCCCUUAUAACUGCCCAUGCAAGUAGUGUCUUUUCUCCAUAUCUGCUUAAUCUUCUUCGACUUACACUUCCCUACUCCACUCCUUCAUCUUUCGUUGCCAUAAGCAGCCUUUCAGGGCUGUUUACCACAUACUGAUAGAAACUGCCAAUCUCGUUGUUCACACAAUCUUCAACACUGAUUAAGCCUUUGCCUUCCUGUGAUCUCUUGACAUAUAGCCUGUCUACAUCUACUUAGUGAGAAUGAAGUGAUCUAUGAAUCGUUAACAGCUUCCCUGUUUUUCUGUCCAAUGCCCUUAAUAAAUUCAUCCUUACUCUAUCUGUUGAUACCUGCCCUAUAAUUGUACUUCUAAUGAAACUGCUCUUGAAUUAAUUUCCACCGUUCAACUUUGAUUAAAGAAUCUUUCUGAUCCUCCUCAAAUACUCCUUCGAUAUUGACUGUUUCAUGUCAUUAUGCUUUACAUCACCUGCCUCCAGUAUUCCUAGAUAUUUAUAUCCAUCACCUUCCUCAAAUCCUCUGAUGACUUGGGCAUCCGGUAAAACAAUACCUUCACAUGCGCACGCUUUUUCCCCGUUUCAUAAUUAUCACAGCACAUUUCAGCGAAUUCCGAAUUCCAUACCAAUGUCUUUGCUGAAAAUACAGACAGCAUUUACUGAAGUGUCUACUUGUUUCUCAUUCUUUUUAUAUAAUUUUGAAUCAUCCAUAAACAGGAGAUGAUUAAUUAGGCCCAGAUCAUACCCAAUCUUUAUUUGCCUCAAUUACCAUGGACAAAGGAAUGAGGGACACAACAAAUAACAAUGAAGAUAAGCUAUCCUCCCUGGAAAAUUCCUCUUCUUAUAUUAACAAUACCUAAGGUCUGUCUUCCUGUCAUUAACUCCGUUCUCCACUGAGCCAUAUUUUUUUCUAAUAAGGCGAUCAUAUUAGUCGCUGUUCCAAACAUCUGCAAGCACUUGAUGAUCCAUGAAUGUGGGAUCAUGUCAUAGGCCUUUUUCGUAGCUAGUAUACCCACGCCAUCUCAAGCCCAGUUUGUCUUCCCUUACAAUUUCUAAGCUAUUUCUAAUAACCUUGUCAAAUAAUAGCUGGUCUUUCAUGCCCCUGGACUUUCUUCUGCAUUAAUUAUCAUUAUUAUUAUUGUUAUUAUUAUUAUUAUUAUUAUUAUUAUUAUCAUUAUUAUUAUUAUUAUUAUUAUUAUUAUUAUUUUAUAUUAAUUCCUGUUUUUCCGAACCAACAUACUGGAUGAAACACACUGUCAAGUGUUUCCUUGAUGAAAUGUAAUUGUUGGCCCAUUUCAAGGGUCAUUUUAGUUUGUGUUUAAAUCCCAACCAAUAACUAGUCUCGCAGAGAUCUGAAAACUCUCGAUCUCUCGCUAUCUCAGACUUUCACAGGUACAUUUUCGGUAACAAUAACAGUAUUCAAUUUUGCAAAAACUCUCGUUACGAGGGCCAACGAGUAGCAUCUUUGAACAAUUACAUCAGCCGUCGACAGAAGUAAGAUUCAUAGCAUCUUAUUUUCAGUUAUUACUAUUUUUACAUCCGCGCUCAGAGGCCGAGUUUCAUAUUUGAAUCAAAAUCAGCAAAAGGCAGGCCUUCCCACUUACUCUUUACAAAUUUAUUAUUUCUCAUCUAAUAACAAUAAUGGAAACUUUUAAUUAUUUGUGUUUUUGAAUGUACAAUUGUAAAUCUCGCUACGUAUAGGCAAUUUACAAAUGCUGCUUGAGAUUGGAUUAUUAAAAAGAAAGAAACAAAACAAAACAAAAACAAAAACAAAACAAAAUCAAAAUUGCAUUAAGUCUGGGCUAUCCCAGUUCCUAUUUCUACAACAAAAGAUGUAAUAUGUUGCUCUAAUGGCUAUAUUUAUCAUUUUCUUGAUUAUAUAACGUUGCUGCUUUUUGUCAAUGCCAAUGUCAUCCAUCAUGUCUAAGAACGUGGAGCAUUCUUUGGAGAAAACGCCAAGAGAACUCAUGGAGAGAUUUACAAAUCUCACACGUCUGUAAUUUCUACUCAUUUCGUUGAUCAAGUUCAGAUAUUCUUCUUUCUUACGCACUGCAUUGUUGUUAAGGUUAGACUCAAAACCAACUGUUAAUUCUAGAACAUAAUAGGCACUUGGACUGGAUUAGGAAAAGAAGAUCUGGACGAUAAUUUUCACCAGUUAUUUUUGAGGGAUCCAGAAAACCAUUAACAUCUGCAUAGAGUGAAGAGUGAACAUUAAUUACAGGUUGAAGUGACUUGGCAAUGAAGUUAAGGAUUGAGUCGUGUCUCUAGGUAAAGCGAUUAAGCUACUGUUGACAACCAGCGACAACAUGAAGGGGUGAUUCAGGAUUAAGGCAAAAGGAGCAAUCAGUACUUUGUGAUAAUCCCCAUCUUGCCAUAUUCUUACGUGUAGGGAGGGAGACGGAAAUCUUUAAGAACUUCCUUAGUGGACUUGUACACAUCAUAUUGAAUAUUAGUGUGACAGCUUGACGAUUUCCAGAGAUCUUUUAAAGAAUCAUUUGGUGACUCUUUUAAUGAAUUUCGGAGAACUGUUUGGCACUGAGUAAAUUUAAUAGAGGGAGGACAAAUAUUAAGACCAAAUUUGUUGCGUUCUAGGAAAACAUUGCUCAGUGUUCCAGAUAUCGGAAUAUCAAGCCAUUUUCCAAUAUAGCCAUUCACUACAGAGUCGAGAUGUUCCGUUAUCCAGGUUUUGGAUAUAUUAGCUAUAGUGAAAUGCCAGGACAAUUUAGAUAGGACAUGGCGGCUAAUAAUAAUAAUAAUAAUAAUAAUAAUAUUAUUAUUAUUAUUAUUAUUAUUAUUAUUAUUAUUAUUAUUUAGGUGUGCUGUACAAGCCAGCUAAUCACCUAAAUUAUCAGCAUUAUAUACACUUCAAAAAAGUCCCUGUUUUCUACAUACGGUUUUGUUUCAUUCUGAAAGGAAACAUUUGGGAAAUAGUUCAUUUCCUUUCGCGAAUUGAUGCAAUUUUUAGAUCAAUGAAAUAAAUAUUUACCUUUCUCUCGUUAUAACUCUUAGAAUGGAUGAACGUAUCUCAGUCUUGGAUUGAAAACACUCUCAAAGGCGGCUUGACGCUAACCUACAGCGAGGACGGCAAUGGUCUUAUCAUCUCUGGCACUGAGACUUCAUAUGGUUGUGGCCGCCGUCCUCAGUCGGGUGCCUUGACACUAAUCAAAGGCUACUGGACGAAAAUUAAGUACACGCAAGAAUUUCGUGGUGUAACAUCAUGUUGGAGCAUAUUUGGAGACGACCAGUAAGUUGACACUCUCUUCUCCUAUAAGAUACAUCUAAAUUAUAUCGUAUCUAUGUCCUAAAUCUCAGCAAAAUUUUAUGCAGUUGGUAUAAGUAAAAUGAAACCUUUUUGAUUGAGAGUUAAUUAGUGAUAAAACAAAACCUCAGCCUAUGAAAUCAAACGGAAGGAUAAUUUUGUGAGAAAAAGGGAAGGUGGAUCAAGAGUCAGAGUUCAAACCAUUAAUCUGAUCAUACGAGGCCCCCUAACAAUAUUCAGAGCAGCAGGGCAUUUGAGGCCCCCACAAAACGCCAAACCAAACGUUUAUCUGGAAACAUUUUUAAAGUCGUCGUGACAUGUAAGCUGACAUUGACCUUACCAUGGCAACCGAGUUUUGACAUUUUAGUUUUUCAAAAUCUGCAUUUUUCCCGUAAAACGUUUUAUUUCUAGAUUUACUAAUUUAUUUAUUUUAUUAGACUUGAUUUACCAUUAUUUUAUCAAAUUUAAUGUAAUUCGGGUUUUUUAGUGUGUUAUUUGAGAAAUGCGUGAAUCUUAAAUGAUUAAAUGGCAGAUUCAAGAUGGUGGGAGAAAAGUGAAAGAAUAGAGUGUUUUCACAUGACGUCAAGGCAGCCAUAUCGGUGUCCCAAAACAAUGAAACAAGGGCCAUGUUGGUGUCCCAAACCAGUCCUGUACUAUUUAUGUGAGAGUUGAGUUCCUUUCUUAUGCAAACGCUUUCUUUUGUUACAAUAAAUUUUGCAUAGAUACUAGCUACGUGAGUGAAAACACUCUAUAGAUGGAACUUUGGUUCUACUGGUUCUGUCAAUAACAUGAUAUCAAAUUACGUUAUUGUGCGAAUCAAGUCAUAUCUCGAUGUUGGAUAUGAUAAGUACAUUAUUCUGUGUAAUCUUAGUAACCUUAAGGUGGGUCGAUACAGUUUUUCAGGGUCAAUACCUCCCAAGUUUGAGCAUAAACUACGUCGCCAAAAACAAAGUUUUGGAAAAAUUGCCACCACAGUUGUAUUAGAUAAAGAUGAAAAUUUGUUCUGAUCAGGGUUGCAACGGCAUCGGAGUUGUCAUAGCAACGAAAUGACGCCAUUACCUAUUUUACUUGCAGCAGUAUAUCUCGGCACUGGGAACUGUUCUUC